AUGCCCGUACCGCCUGAAACUGUUCCGCGUUCCACACAACAGAACGUAAGAGUAAUGGCCACCGCUUUUCCGCCGAACGACCCAACGAAAGACGUGCCCGGCUUCAAAAUUGUGCUGGUGGGUGACGGCGCCGUCGGGAAAACGACUCUCGUGAAGCGUCACCUGACCGGCGAGUUCGAGAAGAAGUACGUGCCCACUCUGGGCGCGGAAGUCUACCGCAUGAUGUUCAUGACCGACGAGGGCCCGAUCGUCUUCGACGUGUGGGACACCGCCGGACAAGAGAAGCUGGCGGGCCUGCGCGACGGCUACUACAUCAACGCAGUGGGCGCAAUCAUGAUGUUCGACGUGACGAGCCGCGCGACGUACAAGAACUUGCCGUCGUGGCACCGCGACCUGGUGCGCAUCUGCAAGAACAUCCCGAUCGUGCUGCUGGGCAACAAGGUCGACGUGCAGGACCGCGUGGUCAAGGCGAAGAUGAUCACCUUUCACCGCCGCAAAGGCAUGCAGUACUACGACAUUUCCGCGAAGUCGAACUACAAUUUUGAGAAGCCGUUUCUGUGGCUCGCGCGGCGACUCACCGGGCGCAAGAACCUGAUGUUCGUUGGCGAGUACGCGAAGAAGCCCGAACUGUACAUGAACCCGGAGCUGAUGCAGCGCUGCGAGCAGGACCUUAUGGAGGCCGCGAACGCGCCCUUCGAGGACGAAGACGAAGAUGCCCUAUAA